AUGCGCUCAUAAAAGUUAAGUGACUUCCAGCAGUCAAUCGCAUCAAGUCAAAGGUAACUGUCUCCCUAUGGAAGUAUUCAUCAGACUAGCAAUGAAGCUGCCUACUAUCAGAUGAAUACUCCUCAUUAGAACAGUCACAGUAGUUACUCUUGUCUGAAUGGAAUGAACUCCAAUGGAAAAGAAGGGUAAAAAAUAUAAAUGGAAAUACAACAAAGAAUAUCUGAGGUGCGCAAUAAGCUGCAUUCUAAAAGGCAAAGUGGAGCAUUCGGCAACACUAAUAACAAUAACACUAAUGCAAGUCAUGUUUUAAGCUCAAGUAACUUGAAUGCAAAUAAGUCUCCUCUAAGUAGAGUCUGUCUCCCUUUGACUUUGCACAAGAUCAAUCAAUGUUUUUCAAGAAAGCUCAAUUGCCUGAGAAGAAAUCCUUCAAUGAUUUCCUACACUCCUCAUAAAAAAUUGAGACUUAUCCCGACACUUCAAUGGACUCACUCCUCUAAAUCUGCAAUAUACUUCCUGACUCAAAAGGAAAAUGAAAAGACUAACUUUUAAAAUCUAAAGGCUCAGUAUCUCAGGUACAGAAGUAAACUGUGGUAUCUAGCAUACCUACUGGUGGACUAGGGUAACAGAAUAACAUUUCAAAUAACAAAUCUCUAUGAAAAUAAUGAUAAUCGUAUAUCCUUAGAAGAGUAAAAUUAACAGAAAAGAAGCAUGUUCUUCGAAGGAGCCUUGCAAUGUGAACCAAAGUAAAAGGAAAAUAAAGAGAGUUUUCACUAGUAUUUCUCAGUCUAAGAAAAGCAAGACUAGAAUAGCAAAUUCCAAGUCCCAAAGAUGUCUAUAUUCUCAGAGAGGCAUAUCCCAGAAGCCAAUUAAGACCCAUUUGAGACAUUCAAGAAGUAGUCUUAGAGUUAUCAAAUUACAGAAAACUAAGUGGCUUAAUUACAAAAAAAUGUGGAGAAUAAGAAAGAAGAUUUCCAAGAGCAUUUUGAUAACUUCUUGAAGAAUAAUGAAAAAACGCAAUCACUUUUAAAUAACAAUAUAAGCACAAUAAGAAGUAGCUGUGGUUAGAACCCAAAUAACUAAAUCAGCAAUCUUUAGCAGCAUUCUAAUAAUCAACUGUAUUUUUAGCAUACACAUCAUGAACUGUUCGCCUCUUUCUCUUCACCAAAUGCGCAUUAAGAGAUAUUUACUUUAGGUGAUCAGCAACCUUAAAGCGAGGUAAAAGAAUACUAAGAGUAAAGAAAUAGUUAUGUUGAGGUAGAUGAGUCAGUGUUACCAAAUUUUUUCCAACCAUUAGUCUAAUCACCCACUCCAAAAUUUAGUCUCCAACUUGACAAAGAUUCUCUAAAUCAUAUGGAUUCAACUGAUUCAUCAAAAUCAAUCAGACUAAACAAUGGUUUAAACCAGUAGAGAGUGCAUUUAAUGUCUGAUAAAACUAAACAAAAACAGAAAAUUAUUGAAUAUGCAGAGUCUACAAAGGCAAAGAAUAUCAUUAUUGACCUGACAUCAUAGGACAAAGAAAAGUUUGAAAUACCGGAGUGUCAAAGUAAAUCUAAAUUCCACCUAAAUUUAGAUAAAAUUGAGAAAUAAGCAAGUAUUAUAGCUUAGUAUACAAUUCAGUCUGUCCGAGAGUAAAGUAAGAAGUCGAUAAUGCAAAACAAAAGAUAGCAUAAGUUGGAUGAUAGUGAUAAAAAGUUUACUGCUAAUGAUUAAAUUCUCGCUCCAAAGCCAGUAUUUGUUAGACAUCAGAAAAGUAACUCUAAGCCAAGUAUGCACUUCAUGUCUAAACUGCAAUAUAAAAAUCCAAUGUUCCAAACGCAUCAUGAUAAUUAUAACUGUAAUUAAGAUGAGAUAUAUUCUACAAAAGAGGAUCAUGAAAAGAACAAUGAGCUAGAAGUCUACACCAAUGGAACAAAUUUAAUGUCGCCUUUAUCAGAUAGAUUAGGCCAAAUUGACAAGCUUAAUGUAUUAUCUAGAACUGCAUCGAUGGAUCAUUAUCUGAGUAAUUGUACCACAUUUCUACGAGGGCAAAGAUUUCUGAGUCCUAGUAAUAAAUUUUAGCAAGCAAUGAUGGACGGCACUGUAAAAACAAAAGAGCAGAUUAGAGAUUAUUUUGUGAAGCUGUUAAUUAAAAAGUUCUCGAACUAUAAAAAGUCUUUGUAAAGAGAAUCAAUUCUUCUGCUAAGAACGUGUGAUUAGAAUUUGAUGCAAGCAAAGAGAGAAAAGCUAAAUAUACUGGUCUUAAUAAAGAGCUUUUUAAUGAAAUAGGAUGCAAUUUCAAGAUGGGGUAAGCUAAGGACGAAGGAAAUCUAUAAAAGAAAAGGUUACGCAAUAUAUAAUCUGAUAGUAGUAAUGUCUCAAAUGAUUUACAGAAAGCCAUUCUAAAGUAUAAAAUAAACAGAUUAGUACAAAGAGAUCUUGAAUCCUUUAAUAGAGGAAAGAGCUGUGGCUUUACGCUCGAAAUGGUGUUAAAAGGGGGCUUAUGUGGUAUGGGCUAGGUAGACAAAGUACAAGCAACUACUUCGUAGGCGUGCCUAAUUAACCCAGAGAGCUCUAUAUAACGUUAUUGAGAAAAACAGGAUUUGGGAUGGGUUCAAAUAAUUAAAUUUAAAUCGAUUAAGAAGGGGCUCGUUUAACAGUUUGAAUUUAAAAAUUAAAGAAUAUUUACAAAAUAUGUCGGCUGCCCCAUCGACAUCAACCCUUCUCUCUGACUCUCAUAUAAUAACUAAUAAGGGUGAUCCCUUCAACAUCAACACUAAUAAAACCAAGAUACUCAAAGCACUCUCUGCACAUUAACUUCAGAUGACUAUAUCUAAGAUUAGAAAUAGCAAGGCAUCUUUCUUAUUCAACAUAUUUAAGGAGUAUAAAUAAAAUAAAAUGAGAUAAAUGGAGUUUGAAAAAACUGUUUCCUAGAUCUCUAAGGAUCAAUCAGCCCUCCAUUAAUAAAUUAAAUAGCAAUCUCUCAAACUUUAGUCUCUAGCCUUAAAGUCAAUAAUUCGAAUACUAAAUUAAAAUCACUUGAAUCAACAGAGACUAGCUCUAAAUUUGCUAAAGAAAAACUAAAACAGAUGUAAGGGAGUGUAAAUACUUGCAGAUUGA